CAAACGUCAACAUCCCCUCGAUCGGGAGGCGGCAAAGUGAACCAUGGCCCUGCAGGAGAGUAGUCUCUUUUCUCUUCAGCGUGUAUACUUGCUGCUCGUCGUACCUUUGCUCCAGGAUCCAGUUCAGCUGUGGCAAGGGGGAAGCAAGCUGGUAACUGCAGCAAGAUAUACACCGGCGAGUACCCGUCAGUCUGGAUCAAUAAAGGGACGGAUUCUCAAGCCGCAGGCCCGGAUAAGAAGAAAGAGAUUGGCUUUUUUUCUUGCCCUUUCUCUGGCCGUCUGCUCUUCUCUUGUCGCUUUCUCAGGGUUUAGGGCAAAGCAGACUGACGCAGCGAGAAGACGAAAAAGGACGACUUGAAGUUACCCAAAAUAAAAAAGGGGCAAAAGCAAACAUGCGGAUUUCGGUGGGAAAAGCAGCAACGCCUGCUGUUCUGACCAGUGCUGGUGCGAUAGUCUCUCGCCUUGCCCUAAUCUGGCCAUUUCAGCAGGCCCAGGGAUGCGCGGAAUCUC